GCCAAAAGCCGAAUGCCGCCGCGCGCGGGUGGUAAAACACGCCACGCAUCGUAGUCGUGUGCUGUCGAUACCGCUUCUUGCGACGGAGCCAUCUAUCCCAUCGCUUACAGCUUCAGGAGCGCGCACACACGCACCACCUUUUGAGUGCUGUGGCGUGAGCGCGGACGCUGCGAAGAGAACGCGCACGCAUCGUAGGACGCAGCACCAUGCCCGCACCAACAAGCAAACCAGCCAUCGUGCUCGAGUGGGGCGCCGUCUACGUCCGCUGCGGCAUCGCCGGCGAACCAUGUCCAAGGGUACGACUGCCGUCCCCGUUGGGCGCGCUGGCGCAAGGCGGCGAGCGAUUGAAUGAGAUUGCCUGGCGCGGCGCGUUGGAUGAGUUUGUGGCGCGAUUAUUUGCGGAAGAACUACUGACGAUGCCGCAAAAACGUAUUGUUCUCAACGUCGAGGACGCCGCACUACCGCGAGCGUUGCGACGGGCGCUGGCCGACGCCCUGUACGACGCCGGCGCCGAGAAGCUCGCCUUCGCUCCUUCUAUAGCGUGCGCCGCGGUCGGCGGCGACGCCCCUACGUCAAUAGUCGUCGACGUCGGCAGCAGCAGCACGCGGUGCGCGGCGGUGGUCGACGGCUUUUUGUUAGAUGCGACGCUCUCCUACGCGGACGGCUUUGGUGUUGACGCCGUGGCGGCGAAGCUUCCGUAUGAGACGCUCGAGCGCGCGCGGGCCGCCGUCGCGUCGCUCUGCUUCGUGCGGUGUCGCGGGAAAGAAGCGGCUUCUGGCCCCGACGUCGCGUUCGAGGGCGCUUCGGUCGCUUUUCGGGUGCGGGGCGACAGUUCGGAGGUGUUGUUCGACGACCGGGAGGGCCUCGCGGCGCUCGUGCACGGCGUGCUGCGCGCGGCGCCCAUCGACGCGCGCGCGGCGCUGUCGAAGCGCGUCCUCGUCGUCGGCGGCGGGUCGUUGAUACCGGGCCUGGAGACGCGAUUAUUGGAUGAGCUCCGGGCGUUAGGUGUAGAUGCUGGCGUCUUGACGGCGCCGUGCGCGUCGUGUGAUGCGGCCUGGGUCGGGGCAUCGUUGCUUGCUGCCUCUACCACGUUGACUGGUGCCGCGCGGGGCGAUUCUUUACCUGAUCUCUUCGAGAUGCGUCAAGGCCUGCCCGCGGUCGUCGCGCCCCAAUGUGUAAGUGACAAGUAG